AUGCAGCCAGCUCCGCUCUAUCAGAAGCCUAAGGGCGACGCUCCGUAUUACCAGCCGCAGGGGGCCGCACAGAACGCUUACAACGGUAACCCAAUGAAUGCGCCAGCCAGUCGCUCUGCGGUCCAAAACCGUGACGGUCUGUGGCACUACUCACUGUGUGUGUGCUGUGAAGACAUGGACUCGUGCUGCGAGGCGUGUUGCUGCUUCCCGUGCCAGGUGAGCCGGCAGUGCAAUAUGCUCAUGAACAGCCGCAGGGAGAUCCACUGGCCGUACUGCUUGCUCAUGACUCUGUGUGACUUUACCUUGUUCAUUUUUAGUGUUUCGUGCGUCUUUGCCAGCGAGACACGUCGCCUAGCGCGUGAGCGGUACGGCAUUUCCGGCAGUAGCCUCGAGGAUUGUUGCUUGGCCUACUGGUGCCGGACCUGCUCUACGCAGCAGGUGCUGCUGGAGAUGACCACGAUGAACGAAUUCCCAGGCGCCACGUGCUACGAAGCUGCCCCUCAGCCCAUGGGGAACCGGAUGGUCUAA